AGCGCGCGACCAGAGAAGGAGCAGGGUGGGACAGCGCGAGCACCGGGUCACAGGCAGAGCCGCUGUUUGGACACGUCUUUCCUCUCAGAGAGCCUCGUUCACGUUAUUUAUUCACGAAUUGAAAGUGUUAACUCCUCUUCCUCCUCGAGCUUUACCGUGUAGUACUUUUUUUUUAACCAUUUCCUGUGAAUCCAGUUCUGCUCCGACAAGAUGAAUUCAUUGGGCAACUCUUCCAAAUGGCCAUCUUAUGACUCGCUGAGCUCCACCUCGAGCCAUCUCUUGAGUGAGAGUGAGCAGACGGAGGACGAAGCGGACGUCUUCUCAGAGGGAGAAGGGGACAGUUGCAUAAGAAAGAGUCUCGCUGGCGACAACGGAAUCACGCUCUUCCCAGCUCUUUCAGACCAGCUGCACUCGAGGUCUAAGGGCAACGGGCCUGAACGCUGCCCUGCCGAAACGAAGCGACCCGACCAGGCCUCUUCUCAUGGAGCCGCCGCGCUCGGCUCAUCUUCAGCGACACCUGGGGACCGGACCUUCGCGCAGAAAUGUGCAGAUUUGCGGCGUUUUAUCAGUCCUUUGCUGGAACUUCUACAUGGACUAAAGACUGGGCGGUUUGACAAAGGUCUAUCGAGUUUCCAGCAGAGUGUUGCCAUCGACAGAUUGCAGAGGAUUCUUGGAAUUCUACAGAGACCUGAAAUGGGUGAGAAAUACCUCCAAAACCUGCUGCAGAUAGAGAUGAUGCUCAAAAUAUGGUUCCCUCGGGUGGCAUAUCAGUCCACAGACAUACCAAGCCAGACCACCACUCCCAGAGUCCGGCCACACUGGUGCCAAAACCAGCUCCACAUGCCAGUGAAGAAAAGAAAGCUGAGCUGUUCAGACCGCGACAACCCCAGCAAAAUCCUAACUAAGCACUAUGAACAUGGGAGCUUCCAGGCUGCAACUCCACUUGCCACAUGUCUACCAGGAUCACCCAAGAAGCCGAGGGCUUCGGAGGAAGGCGCAGCACGACCAGCUGAGCAUGAGUUUACGUACGGCACUGUCACUUUAAGCAGGCCAUUAUAUUCAUGUGGCAAGAGAGAAAAUGAGAACCGAAAGCCGUCUGAGCUUCCUCUGCCCUGCCCUUGUAAAAGCCUGGCCACACAGGACAGCUCUGUGUCCUCUAGUGACAUCAUGAUUACAACUUACUCAACUUAGCUGUCCUUGCUACCACGUGGAGGUGCCACUGCAUGAGUGAAGCCGGAGGGUUGGACUAGAUUACAUAAGGAUAAAGUUUGACGCAGAGCCAGUCUGUGAUUACGGCAAGGCAUGUAAACCCGAAGAGGCGGAGUAAUGCAGUGGCACACUCAUUAACCCUUAACUCACCGGUUGUUGUUUUUAUUACAUCAGAAUUAUUGAUCUACAAUACCAAGAACUGUGUAUUGUUUGUCUGUAAGAGUCUCACUUUUGUAUACAUUGACUUUUACAAAGUUAAAAUGAUGUUGGAAAUACUUUUCAUGUGUAAUGUUUUAAAGCAGUCCGUGCUCUGUUUGGUAUUUUUUCAUAUCAUGGCUCGACAGUAAAAAAAACAUACAUUGUUUAUAUAAAAGCGAGGCAACACGUAGGACCAUAUAUAGGAAAUAAUUGGCGGCUCAAUUUGUGUUAAAUAAUUGUUAGGUGCAGGCAGCCCUACUACAGUUACAAAAGAAAUGAGCACAGAUAGAAAUGGCAUUUAGCUUAAGUUAAAAUAGUAUUUAGCCAGCUGAUUGAUUUGACCUUAUAGGGGCGCAAGGGCUGCCACAAUGUGCCAAACUAAACCGCUAUGCAUUAUCAUAUUCUAUGCAUCACUGUCCCUAUGUCUUUAUUUAUUAGCAUGUAACAAUCCACAUUUUUUCUAUGUCAAUAAAAACAGAUGUAGUUGCACUUAUAGUUCAAGAGCAAUGCGGUAUCAGUAAGUUACUCCAUUUUACAGCCAGUGAGUGAACUUGAUUUGUAUGGAAAGAGUUGAAAAUGAACAUUUUAUAACAUAAUUUAGUUUUUUAAGUGACUAUUUUUAUAUUUGAGAACAGGCAUAAUAUAUUUGAUCCCUUGUACAUUGGCAUGGAUUUACCUGGAAUGACUCAUUAAAUAUCUGUUUAUGGGGA